UCGCGCAGCCGCUGCCUCCGUUGUCGCGCCGCUAUAUUGUACCGAGUGGCAUUAGUUUGCGACCAGACGCUUCGAGCCACGCACCUACUAGCAUCCGCAAAAGAGAUCUGUGAUCCGUCUUUUCUACAAACGUUUGAGAUCGCAUCGCAGGAAUUGAGAUAAAUUAAAGAGAGAAAGAGAAAAAAGCUCAAUUAGAAGGAAUGCGUUUUUUAAGGCCCACCCUCGUGCCGAUCGGACUUCAAACUUUAUUUCGAAAUUUCUCAGCAGUCAUGAGCGGAAACGAAGAUUACAAAUCUGCCAAGUCGGUCUACGACUUUACGGUCAACGACAUCAAGGGACAGCCCGUCUCUAUGGAAAAAUACAAGGGCCAUGUCCUGCUGAUCGUCAACGUCGCGUCCAAGUGCGGACUGACCGAAAACAACUACAAGCAGUUGAACGAGCUCCACGACAAGUACGCCGAGUCCAAGGGUCUGAGGAUCCUGGCCUUCCCCUGCAAUCAGUUCAACGGCCAAGAGCCCGGCAGCCCCGAGGAAAUCUGCAGCUUUGCCGCUCGUAAAAGCGUUAAAUUCGACUUGUUCGAGAAGAUCGACGUGAACACCGAUACGACCCACCCGCUGUGGAAGUACUUGAAGAAGGAGCAGGGAGGCACUCUUGGCAACUUCAUCAAAUGGAACUUCACCAAGUUCAUCGUCAACAAAGAGGGUAAGGUCGUCGAGAGACACGGACCCAACACCGAUCCCAUGGACCUCGCUGUACAUCUCGAAAAGUACUUUUAAGAUCUCAGCCGCCUUUCUUUAUUGAAAUGUUCUGCGUUGGUUGUAUUUAUAUCUUGUGAUACGCACUACUCUCUCUUUAUAUACGACAAUAUAUUCUCCGUUUUUCACUCCUUGUCUCUCUCUCUCUCUCUCUUUCUCGAUCGUACGAGUAACGCACGAGCGAAAGUUUAUCAAGUCAGCUUCAUAUUAUUAUGUUCGUAGCCACGCUUAUACGAAGUUGAAUAAAUUCAACGAGUUCGACGUUUCAAAAGCUGCUUAUUUUUCCAAAGACGUAUACGUUUUUUCUCUUUGUAUCGAUUAUCUUUUUUGUAUUAUAUUCACAAAUAAAACAACUUUUUAUUCAUUUAAAA